AUGGAGGCCAGAGAAGAAGCUAUCAAAGAUACUGCUACGAGUAAGGAACGACAGACAACCAUGGAGCUAGAAAAUCAGUUGAAUCAGAUAACUCUGGAGGAUGAAGAUGAUGAACCAUUGGAGGUAGAGGACUCGGAUGUUGAUGUGUUGCUCAUGGAAGCGGUGCGUAGAUUGGGACUGAUCGGGCGACUGUUAGCCGAAAAAGAACCCAACAUGAAGUCAAUGAAAAUUGCAUUGUCAAAAGCUUGGAAGCUGAAAAAGGGGUUCCAGAUCACGGAACUCGGGGACAUGCUGUUUGCCUUUCAAUUUCUGGACAUGGAUGAUAGGAACAAGGUAUGUUAUGAGGAUCCUUGGCAUUAUGAGAAUUCACUUAUAGUGUUUAAGGCAAGCACAACGAUUCAAAAGCCUAAACCAGAAGAUCUACAUAUGAUCAAUUUGUGGAUAAGGGUCGAGGGUUUACCAGCUGAGAUGAGGACCCAGAAGAUGGCCGAGAAAAUUGCCUCGCGAUUUGAGGGGCUUGACUGGUUCGAUAAUGGUGCGGGAACGAUGUGGGAUGAUUACAUGCGCUUGAGAGUGUACAUGUCGAUCAACAACCCACUGAAAAAGAAAAUCAAAUUAAAUAACUCGGGUCAGUUGGUUGAAUAUCCAAUUAAGUAUGAAAAGCUACCUAUGUUCUGCUACUCUUGUGGGAGAAUUGGGCACCCUAAACUGAGGUGCAAAGUUUAA